GACAGGUAUCUAGCAGGUCACUUAAGAAGGCCAUUGGAUUCAAAACUCAUGUACGCUACUGUGACACAUUGAUGGUCCUGAAGUUGUGGAUAAUGUCAAAGGUUCCCUUUAGAUCAAGGUAACUUCUAGGUCCCUUUGUCUAGAUUAUACACGUAUACUGUGUGUUUGAGAAAUAUAUUUGAGCCAUAAAUUUGUUAUGCAAAACUGAAGCAUAAUCGCUUAGUUGUCAUCCUAUCUCUACUCCUCCUUAUGUUUGUAUCGUAUGCGUCCACAUUCGAGGAUGGUGCACGGUUCUAAUGCCUUGUCUGUUCUAAUGCCUUGUCUAUUCUAAUACUUUGUCUGUUCUAAUACUUUGUCUGUUCUGAUGCCUUGCCUGUUGGGAGUGCUCUAUCUAAUGCCUUGCUUGUUGUCCGUUCUGAUGCCUGUUGUCUGUUCUAAUGCCUGUUCUCUGUGAACUGUCUUUGUCUGUUUCGGUGGAUGCUGCCGGCGUGAAGCACUGGCCACCGGGUGCUGCACGUCAACGGCCAACAGGGGCACCGUGCAGGUGGGCAGAAGCAGCCAGCGACAACAGUAGGGCACAGGGAUGUAUAUGGACCUUCCAAAUACACUAGACUUUUGCAAGCAACCAAAGAUACUCUCAGAGAAGAAGCUUGCUAAGAUUGUCAAUCAAGGAAAAUUGGUGUCUCAUGAGAUCAUCAUAAAUCUCCUGUCAAGACGCCUGGAAGAGGGAGAAGAAAAGGGUGAAUUGGGGUUCAUCCUUGAUGGCUUUCCUCGAACCAUGAGACAAGCGAUAAGCUAAUUAUUUGACCUGACCAUAAGUAUGCAAAAACAAACACUUGCCUUUGAUCAGGAAGCAUUUUUCACUUGCUUUCGUUAACGAAAUGGCCUGAUCUGUGGUUUGGUGGUCAAUGCCAUGUUUAUUUAUUACUGUCUUAUGCUGGGAGCAAAAUAGAAACAGAGAAUAGCUUCAAUUGAUGCCUUUUAGAACGGAUUCUGUAGAGCAACUCAUGGAUACUUUCUGCUUGUUUUAACAAACGCGGCAUCGGGCGAGCUCUGGUGUAGGUAGAAAAUGGCCGAUGUCGAGGAUAUCCAGCCCCUUGUCUGCGACAAUGGAACUGCAUGGUCAAGGCUGGGUUCGCUGGCGACGACGCCCCGAGGGUCGUCUUCCCCAGCAUCGUGGGGCGCCCGCGCCACACUGGUGUCAUGGUCGGGAUGGGGCAGAAGGACGCCUACGUCGGUGACGAGGCGCAGUCCAAGAGGGGUAUCUUGACCCUUAAGUACCCCAUCGAGCACGGGAUCGCCAGCAACUGGGACGACAUGGAGAAGAUCUGGCAUCACACCUUCUACAACGAGCUCCGCGUGGCUCCCGAGGAGCACCCCGUCCUCCUCACCGAGGCGCCCCUGAACCCCAAGGCUAAGAGGGAGAAGAUGACCCAGAUCAUGUUUGAGACCUUCAACACCCCCGCUAUGUACGUCGCCAUCCAGGUCGUGCUCUCUCUGUAUGCCAGUGGUCGUACCACAGGUAUCGUGCUCGACUCGGGAGAUGGUGUGAGCCACACCGUCCCCAUCUACGAGGGAUACACCCUCCCCCACGCCAUCCUUCAUCUUGACCUGGCCGGUCGCGACCUCACCGACUGCUCAUUUGCGCUAGACUGUGUUUGUUCAAAAGAUAUUAUUCAAAAUUUAACUGAAAGAUUUUAUUUGUUGCACAAUUAUUGUAUUGCUUUGUUUGUUGAAUAUUAUUUGCUUGGUGAUGGGCUGCUGUUGCUGCUAGCAGGAUUGAGAACGGAUGGGCUGCAAUCUAUUGUUGGUGCCUGGUAUCAGAGGGUGCACCUGUUCACAAUCUUGAGGUGAGAAUACCGAAACUGUCUAAGAGACUUCUCGAGGUGAGAAUACCGAAACUCUCUUAAUUAGAGGUGUGUAGUAAUUACACAAUAACAUUAUCAAUCUUAAUUAUUUAUCUGAUUCCUAGCCAUUGCUGCCGCCUCAGCCCGCGCUCGACCACCGCCGCCGCUACUUCAAGCAGUUAACUUAGCUGUGGGGUAAAAUGAUUGGUUAGCGAUCUUUUCUACUUUUAUAUACUGUCUGCAUAGUACACAGUAGGUACAUAUAACUUAUCUUUAUCUUUCUCCUCUUUUCUUUUGACAUGAUCAAAUAAGCUUCUGUUAUAGGCCAUUAAGCAUUCAAGUCUAUAGUAUCCAAAAUGCAACAUAUGUUAUUUGAAUUUAACUGAAAAAGCACAUAUGUUAUUUGAAUUCAGAAUCGUACCAGUUUAAACAUUUUCUCAGUUAUAGGCCAUUAAGCAUUCAAGUCUAUAGUAUCCAAAAUGCAACCAGACCAUACAUUUCUGAUGUGAACCAGUGCUGGUUGUGGUUGGAGAAGCUUGUGCCACAAACCAAACAUGUUCAUAUCGUGGCCGUUUCGGCCAUAUGUUGGGCCAUCUAGAAAUCAAGGAAUAGAAUGUGCUUUGAGAAUAUUCUAAUUAAAUCACCUAAUGAAAUUAUCUGCCAUGCGAGUGCUCUGAUGAUUUCAUCGGUAGGUUUGAGCAAAAGGGAGCUGCAGCCUGCAGGGCUUGAUUCAAGAAGGUGCAAAGCUGCUGGUCUGGGCAGCGAGUGUAACGUUGGAUGCUCGUGUUGUCGAUCAAGUGGAAGAGGAUAAUGAUGAUACAGAGAGUUAAAAGUUUGGUAUAGUGAUCAACUUUCCGGUGGAAGCCCGACGAGGAUUGUCUACUUCUGGAUCUUGGCCGUGUAGCUUUGUUCUACUUCUCUUGUGAUGUUCUUGUUCGAGUAUAAGGUCUACAAUGGCAUAAUGCUUGUACCAUCUUUUUCUGUGGUAACUUAUUUUUUUCUCAUGCAGUGCAUGUGACUUGAAACUUUGUUAAGACAUAGUUUGUGAAAGGGAAAAUGAUCCAAUAUUUUCUAUAGUCGAUUUUGGUAUUUGACGUCCAUCACAAACGAUUAUGAACAGAAGCUAUGUACUUGUCUGCAUUUU